CAGUGUUGUGUUCUGCUUGUGCUGCAGCGAUGCGCCUCAUCCGCGUCCGUUAUUAUUUCAUAAACACAUCGAUCAUAUUGUUAUGAUAUAUCUACCAAUAUCUGCUUUUGCUUAUUGAUGGUCUUAAUAUGGCGAGCUCUUUCACCAGAGCUCCACCUCAAGGGGACACAGAGACGGAGCGUCUGCUGUCCCCUGUGGUGGGAUACGGCUCCGGUGAUCUGAACGGCGGGGGUCACACCGGCCCUCCCAAACUGGACAUGAGUGUGUCAGGCUCACGUCUGCGGGCCGAGGAAGAGGAGGAGGCCCUUAGGAGGAAGCUGAAGUACUUCUUCAUGAGCCCGUGUGAUAAAUACCACGCUAAAGGCCGCAAACCCUUCAAACUGGCCCUUCAGCUGCUCAAGAUCAUCAUAGUCACUGUACAGCUGGUGUUGUUCGGUCUCAGUAAUCAGAUGGUGGUGGAGUUUAAGGAGGAGAACACAGACUCCUUCAAGCAUCUGUUCGUCAGAGACUAUGUGGAUGAUUCGGAGGAGCCGCUGUGCAUCCACACACAGAGAGACGUCUAUGAUCACAUUAAGUACGCCAUAGAGCAGUAUCUGGCUCUACCGCAGACGUCGGUCGGCAGGUAUGCGUAUGUUCGAGGUUCGGCUCUGAACGACAGCGCCCUCUAUCUGUGCCAGCGCUACUACAGGAAGGGCACUAUCGACCCGGUUAAUGACACGUUUGACAUCGACCCUCAUGUUGUCACUGACUGCAUCGGAGUAGAUCCACCACCAGACUCCACGAGUCCAUCACAGAACCACCACAGGAACUUCACCCUCAACUUCCAAAAGUUGAUUAAUGUGACUAUCCAGUUCCAGCUGAAGGCGAUAAACAUCCAGACGAUAAUCAAUAAUGAGAUUCCCGACUGCUACACCUUCUCCAUCACGAUCCUGUUUGAUAAUAAGGCUCACAGUGGUAAAGUGAAGCUGAGUUUGCUCAACGAGGCGUCUAUUAAAGAGUGCAGAGACCCCAAUGUUUCAGGACACGCGGACAGUUACGCGCGCGUGGCGUUCGAUGUGAUGGUGGCGGUGGUCUGCGCUCUGUCUCUGGUGUUGUGUGGACGCUCCAUCCUCAGAGGAAUCAUCCUGCAGCACGAGUUUGUGUGUUAUUUCCGUCGGUCUUUGGGCCGGUCGCUGAGCUUGGGCGAGCGUCUGGAGUUCAUCAACGGCUGGUAUCUGCUGCUCAUCAUCAGCGACAUUCUCACUAUCAUCGCUUCCUUCAUCAAGAUCGCCAUCGAGACCAAGAACCUGUCUUCGUAUGACGUCUGCAGUAUUUUGAUGGGAACCUCCACUCUGCUGGUGUGGGUCGGCGUGAUACGAUACUUCAGCUUCUUUCAGAAAUACAACAUUCUGAUUGUGACUCUACGAGCCGCGUUUCCAAACGUGAUCCGGUUCUGCUGCUGUGCUGCUGCCAUUUACAUGGGCUACUGUUUCUGCGGCUGGAUUGUACUGGGACCCUACCACGCUAAAUUCCGCUCUCUCUCUACGGUGUCGGAGUGUCUGUUUUCUCUUAUUAAUGGAGACGACAUGUUUGCCACGUUCUCGGAGGUGGAGCAGAGCGGGACGCUGGUGUGGGUGUUCAGUCAGCUCUAUCUCUACAGCUUCAUCUCACUCUUCAUCUACAUGGUUCUGUCGCUCUUCAUCGCACUCAUCACCGGAGCCUACGACAGCAUCACUCAACAAACCCAGGACGUCCCGCAGGUGUCUGAACUGCACCGGUUCAUCGCCGAAUGCACCGACACACCGACCUCUGGAAACUUCCUCAGCCCAGAGCCGUCGACCUGCUCGCUCUUCUGCUGCUUCAACUGACAGACUGGGUUUGUGAAGGGGAUUCUGGGUAAAGCGUUGUAUCUCAGGCACAAGGGAGAGGAAGGGACAUGCUCUUCUUUAUGUGUUUGUUUGCAGGUAAAGCUGUUGCAGCUGCACUGAUAGAGCCGAUCUCAGCAUGCAGCUUUUAAACACGUUGUAAUUACUGAGCUGAAUGUGUUUUGCAUAUUCAUGAGCAUCUUGGUUUAGUGAUCAGGGCUUGAUGCACUAGACCAACUAAAGGGAACUGCUCCCUCUAGAGGCGUGGAGUAGUUACAGCACACAAAAGAACAGAAAAACAUUACAUUUCAAGUGAAUCUCAAAACCAAAUGUGCAGGUGACAUUUCACCUCAAAAAUUGAGAAAUUAUAUUUUGCUUAAAGAAAACAAAGCCUUUUUUAUUAACAUCAUGAUGUUUAGCAUCUAAUCUUAGGAUGAAAUAUGACCUGCACAUAUUCUUUUAGUGAGUUUAGUGAGUUACAGCACACAAACACAGAUGAAAACACACUUUUCCAGCAUUAUAUUUCAGGGGCUUUAGUGAAUCUCACAACAAAAUGUCCAGGUCACAUUUCAUCCCAAAUAAAUAAAUAAAUAAUUGCUUAAAAGAAAAUGAAUCCUGUUUUAGCAGCAUUAUGAUGUUUUGCUUUGUGAGAUUAUUUUCAUGACAGUUAAAAAGGUUUUUGAUUUUCUUUUGUGGUAUCAUCUAGUUUGUGUUACUGUAAUACAGUAAUAUCUACUUUUCAGUUUAAAUCUGCAUACAUUUUAAACGCUGAUUCAGCAAAUACAUGAAAUAUAAAUAUAAAACAGAACAGGUUUUGUGGUCUUAUAUGCAAAACAAUAUAAUUUGUAUCUGAUUUAUUUUAGGUUGAUAUAUGAUUUGCACAUUUUCAUGCAACAUUUAACCCUAAAAUUGAAGGCAAAAAAAUGAAUAAUAUUUUGCUUGAAGAAAAGUAAGGAGGACCCUUAAAAUGUUUUGCUUUGUGAGAUUAUUUUCAGGACAAUUAAAUAUUUGAAUUGUAAUUGAUACUACUGUAUUACAGUUAAAGUUAUUUUUCAUUUUUAAUCUGCUUAGAUUUAAGAUUCAGACUGAAAUAUAAUAAUUCCCCAACAUACAAAUAAUUUGAGAAAAAAAAUGUGUCAUCAAAAUAAUGUCACAAUUGAACAAAUAUUAAUUCUAAUUUAUAAUAAAAAUACUGCAACAAAAAUAGGUGCCGUUUUCUCAUAUGCAAAAAUAUUUUUGAAUAUUCUGAAAUAAGACCUGCACAUUUUCUUGACUGAAUUCAUGAGAUUUGCCUGAAUAUUUGUAUUCCAUUCAUAUGCAUUCAUACUGUGUAUUUUAUCAUUGUAUUCUUUUAUCUCAUUUUUAGACAAUAUUCUGUGUCUACAGUAUAUUAUAUAUCGCUUAGGUUUCAAAUCCAUGUUAGGAUAUUAGUGCUUUGUUGGCAGAGGAGCGUCACACAGAUGUUUCUGUGUGUGUGUGUGUGUGUGUGAGUGUGUGUGUGUGUGUGUGUGUGUGUGUGAGUGUGUGAGUGUGUGUGUGUGGGGGGGGUGUCUUUAACAUGAAGCAUAGCUGGUGCAUUUGCUCCUUUCAGAGCCGUCUCACACACACACACACACACACACACACAGUGAUGUUUGAGAAGCCUGGGGUGUCUUGAGAGAUUUUCUCUGCAUAUUGACACAUGGCUCAGUCCAUCAGGGAGUUUCAGAGAUGCUUUGAGUGUCUUCUGUGUGUUUUUGGUCCACAGCGAGCUGAUAUCUGUCUAUUAAUCAUUAGUAGUUAUUUCUAAACCUUCACCGUGAGGCACCAGACACCAGCUGAUUACUGGAUGUUAUUUCUGAGCUUUCUCUGUACUAUAUUUAUGAUGUUAGUGGUGGACUUUCAGUUUAAUAUCAGAUCUGUUCAUGCGUGACUUCAUCUAGUGCUCAGGAACAGAGACAAUCUGAUUAGAUUUGGUGUUUUGUGCUGGUUUUACUCUGAUGUAACUGUUUCUUCCCAGAAUGCCUUUCUGGUGUAGUGUCAUACUGCUGGGGAUUUUGGGGAUGUUUUAAAGAGGUGUGGGAUUUAAAGUACUUGACAUACUGUUUUAUCUUAAUAUUUUCAUUUGUGUCUAACUGUAAGCUGAGAUGCAUUUGGUUUGUUCAUUUGUGUCAUAAGUGGCAUUAUUUUUAUUUAUUUUUACCAAAGGGAAUAUUUGUUUUAUUUUAUUUUUUUACAAGGCAUCGUUUUGCACAUUGUUUAAGUUUGUAAAUUAUUUGCAGUGAUUAUUCUGAAUGUGUAUCUGUCGUUUUGUGUACAAGACAGAGUUGCUUUCCGUUAAACUGGUUGAUAUAUAUAUGCUCUCACAUUUUAACACAACUCUCAGCUCUUAAAGUCACAAAUAAAAUCCAUGAAUGUCAUCAUCAAA